AUGGCGAAAGAAGGCGAGCGGUCAGCUCCCACCGACAAGGGCAAGGGCAAGGUUGACGAUGUGAAGGAGUUGUCGGGAGAGAAGAAGCCUCAGAGUGAUGAGAAGCCACAAGCAGAUGGAAAGAAGAAGGACGAAGAGCCCCAGGAAGGUGAGAUCGUGACUGUCCAGUCCAGUGCGAACUCCGGCAACCCGGCGUCUUUGUGGCAUGCUAACACGAUAAAUCACUCAGAGGAACUCAGUGAAGAGGAUCAGCAGCUGAAAAAUGAGCUGGAGAUGCUUGUUGAAAGGUUAAAGGAGCCCGAUACUUCACUGUAUGGCCCUGCCUUAGACGCUAUUAAGACUUUCAUCAAGACCUCGACUUCUUCGAUGACUGCGGUGCCCAAGCCUCUCAAGUUCCUACGACCAUACUAUGAUGACCUGACGGCGCUUUAUGACAAGUGGCAGGCUGGCUCAGUUAAGGACUCGUUGGCAGAUAUGUUGUCGGUUCUUGGAAUGACCUACGGAGAUGAAGAGAAACUCGAGACGCUGAAGUAUCGCCUUCUUACGAAAUCCGAAGACCUCGGAUCCUGGGGCCACGAAUACAUCAGGCACCUGGCAUUGGAAAUUGGUCAGGAGUAUCAGAACCGGCUGAAUGCGGAGAAAGAUGUCCAGGACUUGAUCGAUCUCUCGCUAUCCCUGGUCCCAUACUUCCUGAGCCACAACGCUGAGGCUGAUGCUGUCGACCUUCUGAGUGAACUGGAGAUCAUCGAGGAGAUCCCGCGCUUUCUGGACGAAAAUACAUACUCGCGCGUUUGCCUGUAUAUGGUCUCCAUGGUUAACCUUCUUACAUAUCCUGAAGACCAACAAUUCCUCCGCACGGCGCACGAGAUUUAUGUCCGUUACAAAGAACUCACGAAGGCCAUUGUUGUUGCCAUUCGCCUUAACGACUCUGAUCUUAUCAAGAGCGACCUGAAAGCCACUUCUGACAAGGCACUCAAGAAACAAAUGGCAUUCUUGGUUGCCAGGCAGCAAAUUUGGCUUGAUCUUGGGGGCGAAGAAGAGGAGGACGACGAAUCAUUCAUGGAGUGCCUGAACAACACUUCAAUUCCCAACCACUUCAAGUCGCUUGGAAAGGAAUUGAAUAUUCUUGACCCCAAGAUGCCAGAGGACAUAUACAAAACGCAUCUGGAGAGCAGCCGUGGAGCUGGCUUGACUAAUGUCGACUCCGCAAGGCACAAUCUUGCGAGUGCCUUCGUGAACGCCUUUGCAAACUCUGGGUUCGGCAACGACAAGAUGAUGCUCGUUGAGGGUGACAAGGGCCCAUGGGUUUGGAAGACAAAGGACGACGGGAUGUUGUCCACUACUGCCUCGAUGGGUAUGCUUAUGCACAGAGAUCCUGAAAAUGGCUUGGACAAAAUCGAUAAAUAUACGUAUGCUUCGGAAGAGCAGAUCAAGGCCGGUGCCCUGCUGGGUAUCGGUAUUAUUAACUCAGGUGUUCGGUUGGAUUCUGAUCCCGCUUUGGCCCUAUUGAGUGAUCCCGAAAACCUAGAGGCCAAGAGUGUGCCCAUGAGGGUCGCAUCCAUCAUGGGUCUUGGCCUGGCUUAUGCCGGCUCCAAUAAGGAAGAACUCCUUGAAGUCCUUCUCCCGAUUGUUGAGGAUGUUUCUCUUGACAUGCAGCUGUCUGCUAUGGCAGCUGUCUCGUUGGGUCUUAUUUUCGUCGGCUCGUCGAACCAUCAAGUGAGCGAGGCAAUUGCCACCACAUUGAUGGAUGAGGAACGGCAGCGACAGCUCAAGGAUAAGUGGACCCGCUUCAUGGCACUUGGUCUGGCACUGUUGUACUUUGGCCGCCAGGAAGAAGUCGACGUGAUUCUUGACAUUCUCAAGGCCGUUGACCAUCCCAUGGCGAAGCCUACCUCUGUUCUGGCAUCUGUCUGCGCAUGGGCGGGAACCGGGACAGUAUUGAAGCUGCAAGAGCUUCUCCACAUCUGCAAUGACAUAAUUGAAGAGAACGAUGAGAAGAAAGGCGACGAGCUGGUCCAGUCGUAUGCGGUGUUGGGUCUGUCGCUGAUUGCCAUGGGAGAGGACGUGGGUCAGGACAUGAUCCUUAGACAGUUUGGGCACCUCAUGCACUACGGCGCGAGCAACAUCCGGAAGGCGGUUCCUCUCGCGAUGGGCCUGAUCUCUCCCAGCAACCCGCAAAUGAAGGUUUACGAUACUCUCUCCCGAUAUAGUCACGACAAUGACAACGACGUCGCCAUCAACGCGAUCUUUGCUAUGGGUCUGUGUGGCGCGGGUACCAACAAUGCUCGUCUGGCACAGCUGCUCAGACAGUUGGCCAGCUACUACCAUCGCGACCAAAACUCUUUGUUCAUGGUCCGGAUUGCCCAAGGUCUCCUGCACAUGGGCAAGGGCACCAUGACCUUGAACCCCUUCCAUACGGAUCGCCAGGUUCUGUCACGUGUAUCAGCCGCCGGUCUGCUCACUGUGCUUGUUUCUUUGAUCGACGCCAAACAAUUCAUCCUUGCGGAACAUCACUAUCUCCUCUACUUCCUCAUCACUGCCAUGUACCCACGGUUCCUUGUCACACUUGAUGAGGAUCUGCAGCCCCUCACAGUGAAUGUCCGGGUUGGACAAGCUGUGGAUGUUGUUGGGCAGGCUGGACGGCCCAAGACGAUCACUGGCUGGCAAACACAGAGUACCCCUGUGCUUCUGGCGUACGGCGAAAGAGCCGAACUGGAGGAUGAACAGUACAUUCCUCUCAGCAGCACACUAGAAGGAUUAGUCAUCUUGCGCAAGAAUCCUGAUUGGGAGAGUCUAGCCUAA